AUGGCGCAUGUGGCAGCUCGACGGUAUCAUGAGGUGCAGGACCAGUGCUUUUAUCGGUUGGUGAGGGCAGUGGACGCCGAGGGAGGUGGGGAUACACCGGAAGGUGACUUGGUGCGACUGCGGGCCCAGCUCGAGGUGUUGACAGGGGAUUAUCUGUGGCAUGCGGGUCAACCGAGCCUGCGGCUCGAUGCCGAGCUCUCCACUCGGUCGCUGACGGUGUACCAUGGCAGCCUCGAUUUUGGCGAAAACGUUUUGGACGAGUGGUUUUUGACCGCUUGUCUUUUCGAGCUGGCCGAGGCGGAGCGCCUCGCAUUACAGGUCACUGAUAUGGAUGGAGAGGUGUUGUUGAUUGAGGCCGCCGAGGUGAUACCCACGUGGCUGACCCCGGACAACGCCGGCAACCGCAUCUGGUACUUUGGGGGUCAUGUGCACAUUGUGCCCCAGCCCGCGCAUCCGGGUCAAUUUCACUUGCUGCCUCCUGCUCAAUGCGGGCUCAUGCAAGGUGCUGCUGCCGUGCUCAAUCCAGACUUGACCACGCAGGCUGCGCCUGCCGUCACCCGCUGCAUUCAGAACCGGCUCGGUCGCGCCCGCCAAGAGGCCCGUGAUGCCAAGCACGUGGCUCGAACAUAUCUCCCCGCCAAUGCCGUGGCUCUCUUGCAGCAGCAGCCCAACCUUGUCACGCAUGCCGUCGCUGCAUAUUCCACGCGAACGCCACAAGAAUUGGCCCGUGCCCAGAAAAUGUCGCACUUUCCGCCCUCCACCCGCGUGAUGGCCCCGGUGCGCUUCACCCGGUUCUCCUUUGCGCAACUCACUUACAUGCCCACCCGACCACCGGCCGCCUUUGGUCAGAUGCCCACCUCCUCUCAUGCCGACUACCAAGCCCAUGUUGUUGGAGCCGCUUUAGCGCUCGCCCUCGAGCUACUCUGCAACCGGGGUGAGCGCCUCUGCGGCACGUCCCAGAGCGCCUCCGCCCCAUCUGGCACUGAGCCCUCUGAGACAGUGGACCACCCCGAUCUGGCCACGGCUUUUCAAAUGCUCGAAACGGCACGCUUUGACCAGUAUUUGCAACGCUUGCGACAACACGGCUAUUUUGGCUCGGAACUCGAGGGCUCACAGGCUUGGAAUAAACGGAUGCAAAUGGCGCGCACCUACUUUGUACAGCAGGCGCAGGAAACAAGCGGGUCAGACGGGACUACGGGCCAGAGAUCAGAUCUCUCACCAGCUGAGCAAGCAGCAGUCCAAUGUGCACAGGGCGUGUCAGCACUUGGUGAUCCUCAUGCUGUGACCCUGGCCUCGGAUCUCGAUGACAUGAAUACCCAAUACGACAGUGAUGACUGGAUGCUGGUGGACGAUGCUCAACUAAGCCGACUCCUGGAGGCACACCAGCUUGCAUCCCCGCAUGCCACGGCCUCAAAUGGUGCUGGCCCCAAUGGGGACCGUGCGGCCGAACAAGGCGCAGCCACCCUGUCUGCCAUGACUGACAAGAUAGCGGGCUUUGUUGAUUCGGCUUCGGGCCUCGAGGGCGUCGAUGCGCGCAACUCCUCAUCCACAGCUAAACGCCGAGAGGGGCCACAUGUCUCGUGGGCCGACGGAGGCAACGACGAGGAUAAUGAGAACAUGGAGGACGAAGACGAGGACGAGGACGAGGACGAGGAUGACACCGAUCCCCUCAACGUUGGCGCCUUGGACGUUGAUGCUGACGGGUUUCUGCAGGCGCUGCGCGCCGUGUUGAGUCUUGAGGAAACAGCAGGCCACUCAUCUACCACUGGCAAAGGGGCUCAUGCCAAAAACACCCGUGGUGCAGGGUUGGAAGAUUUGUGGGCGCAAAUGGAUGCCGAACUUGCCGAUACAGCCAUGCACCGAAGUUUUGAGCGUGCGGAGGCUGCACCUACGGCGACUGCCACAGAUGCCGAACAGGAGCUUGGCACCAAUGAUCAAGCCCAAGUGGAGGCCAACGCAGAUGCGACCGAUUCUACUGUGGAUGUGGAUCUCAAUCUCGUCAAGAACCUCCUGGAAUCAUUUGCCGCUCAACAGGGGGACGCAGGCCCAACCUCGAACCUGCUACAAUCACUUGGGUUUGAAUGAGGGCGCAGAGAGCUUAGGAUGGCGCUGCACAUUGAAACCAUGCUCUGACAUCUGACCAAUUCAUGCACCGCCCCCAUG